AUGACCUUACAGAUGUCACUUGAAAAGGAGCGUGAGGAGCGUUCUGUGAGAGAACAUACCAGGAAAUUAGAGUUGCUGGAAUUGCAGAAAGGCCAAGGUAAUGUCACUUCAGGAAACCAUGACCAGAAAUAUUCACAUGGUUGGGUGAAGGGUCCUAAGCUGCCUUCUUUUGAAGAGGGAAAGGACAACAUUGACAGUUAUCUUCAGCGUUUUGAGCGCUAUGCCUCAGCUCAACACUGGGAUCGUGAUAGCCAGUGGGCAACUAACCUCAGUGCUCUCCUCAAGGGCAAUGCCUUAGAUGUCUUCAGCAGACUUCCAGUUGAUCAGUCUCUCCACUAUGACACUUUGAAAGAGGCUUUACUUAAGCGGUUUGAGAUGACCGAAGAAUGUUUUAGACAGCGUUUCGGGACUGGUAGGCCGGACUCAGGUGAAACAUUUACUCAGUUCUCCGUAAGAUUGGAAAACUACUUUGUCAGAUGGUUAGAGUUGGCAAAAGCUGAGAAGACCUAUGAGGGUCUGAAGGACCUUAUGCUAUGUGACCAGUUUUUGCAGGUUUGUGGCAGUGAGCUUAGGCUAUUUCUUCAGGAGCGUAUUCCAAAGUCCAUGGACGAAAUGGCGAAGCUGGCAGACCAGUAUGCUGAUGCCAGAGGUAAUCCUUCAAAUCUUGUCAAACCCAAACAUACUGGACAUAAGCAGUAUCAGGGGAACCGUUCACAGACGGACGUUACUAAGUUUGAUGUAAAGAAAGACUCUAAAAGUAAGGUCAGUAGCAGUAAUGGUAAUUUAGGAGGUAGGGCUUGUUAUGUCUGCAAGAAGACUGAUAAUCUUUCCUGCGACUGUCCAUCCAGUACCAAGAAGAAGCAAUCCCGUGUCGGAUUAGUGGCAGACUCUGAUGCGCAAGAGGCAAUACAUGGUGGUGGUAACUGCAAGCAUCAUUCUACCGGUAAGAAGUCUGGUAGUACGCCUACAUGUGGCGCUCUUAGUUCAAGUGAGGAGGACAACGACGAAGAGGAUCCAGAUCAGUUAAGUAUUUCUUGUAGUGCACCUGUGUUAGAAUCUGGUAUGCCUGUUGUUAGGGGUCUUGUGGGUAGACAUGUUGUCACAGUGUUACGAGACACUGGUUGUAGUGGAGUCGUUAUCAGAAGGAGUCUUGUGGAUGCCGAAAAUUUCACUGGAGAUACCAAGACGUGUACUCUAGCAGAUGGCAGUAAGCUGAAUGUUGAUACAGCGAACGUUGUCGUUGAUACCCCUUACUAUCAAGGACCUGUUUUGGCUUGGUGUAUGGAUACACCCAUUUAUGACCUCAUAUUGGGAAACAUACAAGAUGUUAGAUCUCCUGAUGGCCCUUGUCUGGAAUGGAAUCUUGAGGAACAGGUAAGUGCAGUACAGACGAGAGCACAAAAGAAGGCAGAGGAGAAGCCGUAUAGACCACUGAAAGUUCCAAAGGUGUUUCAGGAAAUAGAUCCGGAAGAUUUCAAGGAUGCCCAGAAGUCAGAUGAAAGUAUGGCCAAGAUUCGUGAGAUGGCGGUAUCUGGAGAUGUUAAGGAAAGACGUGACGGUGGGAAAUCACAUUUUUUCACUCGGAAUAGUUUGGUGUAUAGAGAGUACAACAGUCCAUCUUCACUGCAAGGACGGAUUUUCAAGCAAUUGGUUGUUCCCUCGAAGUACCGACAGAAGGUUAUGAGACUUGCUCAUGAUUCUAUGAUGGCAGGCCAUUUAGGAGCAAAGCGAACCAGUGACAAGAUCAUGGCAGAAUUCUAUUGGCCGGGGUUACUCUCAGACGUGACGAGGUACAUACUCACGAUUGUUGACUAUGCCACACGAUAUCCUGAGGCGAUACCAUUGAAAGGAAUAGAAACGGAACGGGUGGCGGAGGCUUUGGUAGAUGUGUACAGCCGUGUUGGUGUUCCAAAAGAAGUGUUAACCGACCAAGGAAGCCAGUUCACAUCAUCAAUUAUGCGAGAGGUUAGUAGGCUUCUUUCCAUACGCCAGCUCACAACAACUCCUUAUCACCCCAUGUGCAAUGGCCUUGUUGAGCGUUACAACGGAACUCUGAAAAUGAUGUGCUCUGAGAGACCAAGGGACUGGGAUAAGUAUUUAAAUGCAUUGUUGUUUUCAUACCGGGAGGUUCCACAGGAAAGUUUGGGUUUUUCACCCUUUGAGCUGUUAUAUGGACGAGUUGUACGUGGACCUUUGAUGAUUCUACGUGAAUUGUGUGAGAAGGAAGUUGCAGACCCAGAUGUAAAGAGUACUUACCGGUAUGUUCUUGAUCUACGCGAACGUCUUGAAGAAACCUGCAAGUUAGCUCAAGAACAGCUUCGGAGGGCGAAGGUCACACAGGCGAAGUUUUACAACAGGAAGGCGAAGAACAUAGUGAUGGAACCGGGUGAGGAAGUACUGGUAUUGUUACCUACGAAACGGAACAAGCUUCAGAUGCAGUGGCGGGGGCCUUAUGGCAUCGUUGAACGUAAGGGGUCAAUGGAUUAUGAGGUGUCUGUCGAUGGCAGACGGAAAGUUUUCCAUGCAAAUUUGUUGCGUCGAUACGUUCAACGGGAAGGUACAGGAUCGAGUGAAGCUGGUGUAUUGAACAAUGUUUGUUCAUCUGUUGUGGAGAAAGAUUCUGGUGAUCUUGAGGAAAAAGUACCAAGUACUGAGUGUCUUAAUGUUCCGACUCCUGUGAGAAUAGAGACUGUAGAGGAUGUUCAGGUAUCAGAAGAACUGACACCCAAGGAGGUGACAGAAGUGAAAUCUUUGCUGGAUGAAUUUUCAGAUGUCCUGUCGGAUGUUCCUGGAAGAACUCAUUUGCUGGCCCAUGAGAUUCGAACAACAACCAACGAACCAGUUAGAGCGAAGAACUAUCCUAUUCCAUAUAAUAUGAAGGAUACCAUUCGUGAGGAAGUGGAGAAGAUGUUGAAAAUGGGUGUCAUUGAGAAAUCUGAUUCUCCUUAUGGGGCACCGGUUGUUAUUGUCAGGAAGAAAGAUGGCACGAACCGGUUUUGUAUUGAUUACAGACAGCUCAACCGGGUAACCAUCUUUGAUGCUGAACCGAUGCCGAAUGCGGACGAUAUAUUUUCGCGACUGUCUGGAAACACCUACUUCUCCCGCCUAGACCUCAACAAAGGAUAUUGGCAGGUGCCAAUGGAGGAAACAUCGAAGCAGAAAACAGCAUUUACGACGCCUGUGGGUUUGUUUCAGUUUUCUGUCAUGCCAUUUGGUUUGGUAAACGCACCAGCUACCUUCUGCCGCCUGAUGAGGAUUCUGUUAGAGGGCAUGAAGAACAUAGAAAGCUUUAUUGAUGACAUCUUGAUCUACACCAAGACUUGGGAGGAACAUCUUGCAAUACUCCGUGAUUUGUUUGAAAGGCUGAGGAAAGCAAUAAUCACACAGCUUUUGCAACCAAAUCCAGAUAAGGUUAAAGCUAUCCUGGAAGCAGAGAUUCCCAAGACCAAGAAACAAGUGCGAUCCUUUAUUGGCUUGGCAGACUUCUACAGGAAAUGUGUGCCCAAUUUUGCUACUAUUGCAACACCCCUAACAGAUCUCACUAGGAAAGGUCAGCCAAAUUCUGUUAUCUGGAGGGAACCACAGGAUCUAGCCUUCAACACACUGAAGAAAGUCUUGUCUACAAGUCCUGUUCUGAAACUUCCUGACUUGAACUCCGAAUUUAUCCUGAGAACUGAUGCUUCAGAUUAUGGCAUUGGGGCCAUUCUGUUGCAAGAGGACGAUGGAGUUGUCCAUCCGGUUGCGUAUGUGAGCAGAAAGCUCAAAGAUGGUGAAUUGUCGUAUUCUGUGGUUGAGAAAGAGUGUCUUGCGGUUGUGUGGGGAAUUUCAAAAUUCCAGAAAUACCUUUACGGUCGUCAGUUUGUUCUGGAAACGGACCAUCAACCGUUGGUGUAUCUCAACAAAUCCAAAGGGACAAAUGCACGCUUGAUGAGAUGGGCGUUGCAGCUUUAG